GCCUCUGCUAUGUAUAUUCUGGCACAGUAGUGCAUAAACUAGUUCCUUAUUUGAUCAUAAAUUGCCAAGGGAGUUUAUAACUCCUUUCCAGAUGUGUGGUGAAGCCUUGGCUGCCAUGAUCAUUUGAGUCACUGAGUACUCUUUACUGAAUCUGAAUGUGCCAUUUCACCUGAGCUGACGAAAUGAGGUAACUUCAUCCUUGGUAUAGUUGUGUUAUCAAGGUAUGAAUUUGUGUACCCUGCCUAUAUAACAUCAGGUGAGGACAAUAAGAAAAUGAAAGCCCAGGCUCUUCCAGUCACCAAAAAGGACAGCCACAUUAAGAAAGAGAAAGAAGGCGUUGUAGUCAUAGAACAACAGAGUGCCACAACCUUAGACUUGGUCGGUGAACAGGUUUGGCGUGGAGCUCUCCUUCUUGCAGACUUUAUCUUCCAUUAUCCUGAGAUCUUCAAGAAUGCGAAUAUCCUGGAACUGGCUUCUGGGGUUGGAUUGACUUCUAUUGUUGCCAGCAUGGUUGCAAAGAAAGUGUUGAUUACAGAUGUGGACCGUGGGGAUAUUUUUUCUCUAAUUGAUCGCAAUUUCAAAAGAAAUAAAGCAUUGGUUAAAGCAGAAACCCUUGUGAAGGAACUAGAUUUUGACAACCAUGCUACAAUAGAUGAAAACUCUGAGUUACUUAAAGACUUCCCUAUCAUCCUGUCUGCAGAUAUAAUAUAUAACAACCAGUUGACAGAUCUGUUCUUCAAAACUGUAUUGAGAUUGAUGAGUGAUCCACCUAACAAGAUAUUAUAUGUGGCACAGGAGAAAAGAUACAUUUUUUCACUCGCAUUUUGCUAUGAAUAUUUCCUUGACCGCAUAGAGUGGCUGCGUUCUCAGAAUACGUCAAGCAUUAACUGGACAAUAGAAGAAGUCCCCAUCGAUUUCAAGCAGUACUUCAUCUAUGAAAAGUCAGAGAAUCUAGUUCUUUGGAAAAUUUGUGCCGAGUUAAAAUGAUCUGUAGCAAUUAAUAUAUUUCUUGUUACUAAUAAGUGUUAUAUACAUAGGUAUUCAAAAUUGUAUUUAAGGCAAUAGGAGGUCUAGAGAUAUGCAAUGAGAAUGGAAAUGAGAUUUGAUAUAUUUUUCCUCUUUGUACAAAUUUGUGAUGUCCAUUUACUAUGAAAUCUUUAAGAGUUAAAUAACUUAUCACUGUAGGCAAUGUAUUUGGCACAUUUCGAUUAAAUCUACGUCAAUAUUGGAUGUGUAGUGAAUCUCCAGCCAAGUGGCAGAGGAACCGGAAGAAAGAACAUGUCUCCCCUCUGAAAACCAAACGAGGCCGCCCAUGCCCGUGGAUGACCUAUGUCCAGGAAGCUGGGGAGGGGAAAAUGUUAUGUUUUAUGGUGUUGCAUAUGUUUUUAUGGUGUUGGCUAUGUUUUAUGUUGAGAAUUAUAUUGAUUUGUAUUUUUAUUCUUGUUUUCUCUCACCUAAACGGCACAGAAGAGCACAUUCUGCCUCAUGGUGGAUCAUAUAAUCUUUUUAUCCUUUUUAGUAAAGUUCUAAUAAAUCUUUUUACAUAUUUUAAGAUUUCUUUUAAAUCAAAUAGUCUUUUUUAAAGGGGAAAGGGCAUUUUAUGAAGAGAGGAAGACACCGCCAUCUCUUAAUAAUAAUAUCUUAAUAAUAAUGCUUGCUGGGAGGGUUAUAUAUAGGUCCGGAAUGGCCAGGUCAAGGGGGGGAGAGCAUCUUUUAGCCAUGGGGCGUUUGGUCCCUGGUCACGAGGUUUACAUAGUAAAAGGCGGUAAGAUGGUAUCUUUACUUUUUUUGCUCUUUUUAUCUUUGCUCUUCAGUGCUCUUUUUAGUAAGUUCAUUUACUUUUUUUGCACAUUCAGUUUUAAUGUUCAGUGUUCCCUUUUUAUCUUGUUGUUCAGUGUUUCUUUUUAUCUUGCUCAGUGCUCAUUUACGUGUUAAAGUUUAGGGUUGUGUUCCUUUUUAAUGUCAAGUGUUUUUUUGGCACUUUUACUCCCACCUGUUUUUGGGAAUAUGGAGGGUGAUUCUCCAUUUUUUUUUAUUGUCUUUGUGGAUUUGAAUUAAAGGAUUUAUGCUUUUAAUAAACUUUUGUGA